AUGGAGAUCUGUGUUGAUAGUGUGGAAUCUGCUAUUAAUGCGGUUAAUGGAGGAGCUCAUAGAUUGGAGCUAUGCAGUGCACUAAGUGAAGGAGGAUUGACACCAUCAUUGGGACUUUUAAAAACGUUAAAAACCAUGGUUUCAAUUCCUAUUUUUGUUAUGCUUAGACCAAGGUGUGGUUAUGAUUUCCAAUAUUCAGAUUUAGAAAUUAGAGUUAUUCUUGAAGAUUGUACUUUAUUCAAAAAUGCUGGAGCUGAUGGAUUCGUAUUUGGUGCUCUUACUUCAACUGGUUGUAUUGAUAUUGAUGCUUGUGUUUCAGUAAUUUUAACGGCUCAACCAUUACCUGUUACAUUCCAUCGUGCAUUUGACGUAGCUACACAAGAUCCAAUCGAAAUGGCACAAAAAAUAGCCGAUUUGGGUUUUAAACGCUUACUAACCAGUGGUAGAAGUCCUGUAGCAGUUGAUGGACAACGGUUAAUUAAAGCUUUGAUUGAAACCAUGAAAGAUCGUUUAAUUAUAAUGCCUGGAGCUGGUAUUCAAGUUGAAAAUCUUAAAGAUAUCCUCGGCACUACAUUAGCACACGAAUUUCACGGAUCAGCAAAGGAAGUGAAACAAUAUCCAAAUAAAAAUAAUACAAAAUUGCAUUCAAUUUAUAAAGAAGCCCCCAUUUAUGUUACAGACCGUGAUACUGUACAAAAAUUACUUGAUAUUUAUAAAAAUCAUUGGAAACUAGAAUAA